UUUUCUUUUUAAAACUUCUUACUUAUGUAUUCCUCAGACACUUUUACUUCACUAUAAGUAAUUGUUGUCAGAAAAAGAAAUAAUAAACAAAAAAUAAAAAAAAAAAUAAAAAAAAAGCGAGAGAUAUAUAAAAUCAUGAGCACAACCAUCACAAACACGGCUGCUAAGGCUCCCAAACUAAGACGCAUUGCCUUGCUAGGUGCUCGUGCUGUUGGGAAAUCUUCGAUGGUGAUUCAAUUCGUUGAGAACGUCUUUGUUGAUUCUUACUUUCCUACCAUUGAACGUACCUUUACGAAACCAUUGACUUAUCACGGACAACAGUACGAAGUGGAGAUUAUUGACACCGCUGGCCAGGAUGAGUUUUCAAUCUUUAAUGGGAAGCAUGCAUUGGACGUGCAUGGAUAUGUGCUGGUGUACUCAGUGACAAGCAAGCUCAGCUUUGAUAUGAUCGGAGUCAUCCGAGAUAAGAUCCUCAAUUUCACAGGCACCGAUUGGGUUCCUAUCGUGAUUGUUGGAAAUAAAACCGAUCUACAAGGUCAGCGACAGGUGACGCGCGAGGAUGGCGAAGAACUGGCCGCUCGAUGGAAGUGUCUCUCAUGCGAGACCUCUGCAAAAACCAAUAUGAACAUUGGACGUGCAUUUGAAUUAAUGAUUGCCGAGAUUGAAAAGUCAACCGAUCAGGUGCCUGAAGAAAAAAAGGGCGAGUGUGUCAUCCUGUAAAAUAAAUCAAUGGGAAUAAGCAUUAAAGAAAGUAAAAAUUAUAUAAUACAGUG